AUGGCAUCCCAAAUGCUUCGCCCGCUGGCCUCGUCCGCGGUUCCAGCGUCAGCUUCCGAGCUGUGCGCCUCAUCCUUCUUUAUACAGAAGCAAUUGAAAGGGUAUCGAGUUCAAGAUGUCCUCUCUCGUCGUAAGCAAUGGCACAGCACCUUGAGAGCUCCUCGACAGCAUGCUCUUGUCGCAGGCGUCUCCAAGCCUCUCGCAUUGAUCCGCCAUGAUUCUGCGCCUCCUCGCAAAUAUUCCACCGUGGUUCUCCCCAAGACAACUCCCUACGAUCAUCUUGUCGUUGGUGUUCCAACCGAGAUCUUUCCCGGGGAGCGCCGUGUAGCUCUCACACCUGCAAAUGUUGCGCUCCUCAAGAAAAAAGGCUUCAAGCAGGUUCUAGUUGAACGUGGUGCUGGUACAUCUGCUGAUUUCCUCGAUGCCGCCUAUGAAAAAGCCGGCGCAACUCUUGUCAAUGGUCCCAAGGAAGUCUGGUCCAACUCAGACAUUGUUCUCAAGGUUCGCGGUCCCGGUCUUGGAGAGGUUGAAUCCAUGAAAGAAGGCCAAACCAUCAUUUCAUUCCUCCAGCCCGCUCAGAACAAAGAACUCGUCGAAAAGAUUGCCGCUAGAAAAGCUACCAGCUUCGCCAUGGACAUGAUCCCCCGUAUCUCCCGAGCUCAGGUCUUUGACGCCCUCAGCAGCAUGGCUAACAUUGCCGGCUACAAAGCUGUUCUCGAGGCGUCCAAUGUCUUUGGUAGAUUCCUCACUGGUCAAGUCACUGCUGCUGGAAAGAUUCCUCCCUGCAAGGUUUUGGUUAUUGGUGCUGGCGUUGCUGGCCUGAGUGCUAUUGCUACCGCCCGUCGUAUGGGUGCCAUUGUCCGUGGAUUCGAUACUCGAUCUGCUGCUCGCGAACAGGUUCAGUCUCUUGGAGCUGAGUUCAUCGAAGUUGAACUUGAAGAGGAUGGAUCUGGAGCUGGUGGAUAUGCCAAGGAAAUGAGCAAGGAAUUUAUCGAAGCUGAAAUGAAGCUGUUCAAAGACCAAGCCAAGGAAGUCGACAUCAUCAUCACCACUGCAUUGAUCCCUGGAAAGCCUGCCCCGAAACUGCUCAAGAACGAUAUCCUCGAUGUUAUGAAACCUGGAAGUGUCAUUGUCGAUCUGGCUGCUGAAGCUGGAGGUAAUUGUGAAGCUACCAAGAAGGGUGAACUGGCCGUCUACAACGAUGUCAAGAUUAUUGGAUACACUGAUCUUCCCUCUCGUCUGCCAACUCAGUCAUCGACCCUCUACUCCAACAACAUCACCAAGUUUCUGCUCUCCAUGACUCCUGAACCCAGCGCUUUCGGUAUUGAUCUAUCAGAUGAAGUCGUCCGAGGUGCAAUCGUCACCCAAGAAGGAGAUAUCCUGCCACCCGCUCCUCGCGCAGCACCUCCUCCUCCACCCGUAAAGGCCGAGGCAACCGAAGUGACCCCUGAACCUGUAGCUCUAACUCCCUGGCAAAAGAAGACCCGUGAAGUUGCUGGUGUCACCGCUGGUAUGGGCAGUAUCUUGGCUCUUGGAAAAUGGACCAGCCCUCUUCUCAUGUCGAACGCUUUCACCUUUGCUCUGGCUAGUCUUAUUGGAUAUCGUGCUGUCUGGGGUGUUGCUCCCGCUCUUCACUCUCCUCUGAUGAGUGUCACCAACGCUAUUUCCGGUAUGGUCGGUAUUGGUGGUUUGUUCAUCCUUGGUGGUGGAUUCCUGCCCGAGACUAUUCCUCAAGCUUUUGGCGCUCUCAGUGUUUUGCUGGCUUUUGUCAAUGGACCUACCGACCCCCCUGAGUACCCCUGGCUCUAUGCAAUUCCUGCCGUUGUCUGCGGUGGUGGUUUCGUGGCUGCUGCCUCCACUGGUGCUGCUGGUCUCGUUCAAGCCGGUUAUCUCGUCAGUUCCGUUCUCUGCAUUGGUUCCGUGUCCAGUCUUGCUUCCCAAGCCACUGCUCGCAUGGGCAAUGCUCUCGGUAUCCUCGGUGUUGGUACAGGUGUAUUGGCUAGUCUGCUCGCUGCUGGCUUUACCCCUGAGGUCCUCACUCAGUUUGGUGGUCUUGCUGCACUUGGUACAAUCGCUGGUAUGCUCAUCGGAAAGCGAAUCACUCCUACCGAUCUUCCUCAAACUGUGGCCGCUCUUCACUCUGUGGUUGGUCUGGCUGCCGUCUUGACCAGUAUCGGUAGUGUCAUGGCUGAUGUCAUGGACCCUUCCACUCUCCAUCUCGUCACAGCCUACCUUGGUGUCGUUAUCGGUGGCAUCACGUUUACCGGAUCCAUAGUCGCGUUCCUGAAGCUCGCCGGCAGGAUGACGUCUAAGCCAAAGAUCCUGCCUGGACGACAUAUCAUCAACUCAGGAUUACUUGCGAGCAACGCAGCUACCAUGGGAGCAUUCAUCACAAUGGCCCCAGGGAACCCCUUGGUUGCUGCUGGAGCACUUGCUGGAAGCACUGUUUUGAGCUUCAUCAAGGGAUACACCACCACAUCUGCCAUUGGAGGUGCUGACAUGCCCGUCGUCAUCACUGUUUUGAACGCAUACAGUGGUUUUGCUCUUGUUGCCGAGGGUUUCAUGCUUGAGAAUCCCCUUCUCACCACUGUUGGAGCCUUGAUCGGUGUAUCUGGUUCAAUUCUGUCGUACAUCAUGUGCGUGGCCAUGAACAGAUCACUGACAAACGUGCUAUUCGGAGGUCUGGGUACGCCAACUGCAGUACAGGAGUUUAAACCUCAGGGAGAAGUUGCUCAGACCUCUGUAGAUGACCUUGCCGAUGCACUUCUCAACUCUGAAAAGGUCAUUCUCAUUGUUGGUUACGGUAUGGCCGUUGCCAAGGCUCAAUACGCCAUCUCAGAUAUUGUCAAGACACUUCGAUCCAAGGGUAUCACCGUCCGUUUCGCCAUUCACCCAGUCGCAGGUCGUAUGCCUGGUCAGUGCAACGUUCUUCUCGCUGAAGCCAGCGUGCCAUACGAUAUCGUCCUGGAAAUGGAUGAGAUCAACGAUGAUUUCCCUGAGACUGACCUGGCUGUUGUCAUUGGCGCCAACGAUACCGUCAACCCUAUUGCUCUGGAAAAGGGCAGCUCUAUUGAGGGUAUGCCUGUGCUGCAUGCCUGGAAAGCCAAGCAGGUUGUCGUGAUGAAGAGAGGCAUGGCCAGUGGUUAUGCUGAUGUUCCAAACCCCAUGUUUUACAUGCCCAACGCAAAGAUGCUGUUUGGAGAUGCUAGAGUGACAUGUGAAGCCAUCAAAUCUGCAAUUGAAGCAAAGUCGUAG